GGCGCCAUCCCGCGCUCCCAGUGGCAGCAGCCGCAGCCCCAUCCGGCGGCGCAGCAGCGAGCGGCGCAGGCGCUGCAGGAGCAGGAGCGCAUUGAGGAGGACAACAGCGCCAACGACACCAAGGACCCCGCGCAGCACCAGCCCGCCCCGCACGCCGCCGCCGCCGCCGCCACCGGGACCUACCACACCAUCAAGGACAUGCUGUCCAGCCGCUUCGGCGCGUCGCCCUCUCCGGCCUCCGCCGCCGCCAAGGCCCCCGCCCACGCCUCCAAGGAGCAGCAGGGGGCGGCGGCGGCGGCCGCGGAGGGCGAGGCGGCGGGGGCCGGGCCCGGGGCGGCGGCGGCGGCGGCGGAGGCGGGCGCCAAGGCCCUCAACAACCACCCGCAGCCUCCCGUCGCUGCCCCCGCGCCGCGCCCGCAGCACCUCCAACAACAGCAGCAGCAGCAGCAGCAGCCCCAGUAA